AUGCUCGAAUAUAUCCCCAAGGGUUUAAAAGUCCUCCUCUGUCCCACGAUGACUCUUCAAACCGUCACGGAACACUCAAGACGAUAUUCUAUCACUUGCAACAUGGAUUCGGCAGCAGACAAAGAAGAGCGCAAGCGCGAGUACAAUCGACUCGCCCAAAGAGAAUUCCGUCGUAGAAGGAAGGACCAUCUUAAGAAUCUCGAGCAGGCGCAAAAAGAACAGAGCUCGGAGCAAUCAGAAGAGAUCGAACGUCUGCGAUAUCAAAAUGACGAGCUGCGGAGAGAGAAUGAAACUCUCAGAGCACAGCUCUAUGGCUCUUCAACGCCUUCAUCCCACGGCCUUAUACCCGCAUCAAUGAACGUGCCAUCUCUCUCAAAUGAGGGACGUGCAUAUUCACUCUCCCCCUCCAUCUCAGGCACAUCAUUGUCGGGCACUGGUAGCCCUCCAGCAACCAUGGCUUCAGACAUGAUGCCUAUGGGGGCUCUAUCUUUGACAUCUUCAAUGUUAUCCCCAGCCAUGCAAGCAUACACCGACCCAUCUGCUCUAUCCACUUCGCCUUACUCAAUGGUACAUCCAUCCGGCCUCCGUCAUAAUUCACAAAGCUCACCUGAGUCAUCAGGGUUCCGAAGUUCUCGAUCUACAAUGGGACCCCCUUUUCAGGCUAUGAAUAUGUCUCAAUCGGCCGAGGUUCAAGCACCUCAGGGGGCAGGCCAACAGAGAGCUGUCCCUCAGCAGUCACGCAUGUCUCUGGUACCAUACGAUCGAAACAAAGCGAGAGCGGAAAUCAAUCAAAUUUUCCGGCCGCUCUACUCGGAUUCAUCAAUCAUCACGAAUCCUGAAAAGCAUCUUGCAGUCUUACGGUCUUUGAGUGAUAGCCUGCCAAGUGUUCUAAAGCCAAGCAAGGCGCAACUCGAAACACCGCACUAUUGGGGAAUCGACAUGAUAGCAUCUCCGUCUCUCCGCGAGCGCUUGCUGCAGGCCGGAUCCGAUGCAGCACAGGGUUUUAUUGUAGAAAUAGGCAUUACAGGAUUAGAAAGAGAGGAUGUGGGGCAGCUGAUCAUCUGGGGAGAUGAUCCUCUGAAUGAGAUGUCUUGGGAGUUCUCGCAGGCCAUAUUGGAGCGCUGGGGAUGGCUACUAGGGCGGGAUUGGGUCAACCGCGCAAACUUAUGGAGGCGGCAAAGGGGGGCUGCUUUACUUCCGGGCUGGUGA